AUGGCCACAGAACUUUGCCCCGUCUAUGCGCCCUUCUUUGGUGCGCUGGGCUGCACGUCCGCCAUCGUCUUCACCUGCUUCGGAGCUGCCUAUGGUACCGCUAAGGCUGGUGUCGGAGUUUGCAGCAUGGCUGUCCUCCGCCCCGAUCUGAUCGUUAAGAACAUUGUCCCCAUUGUCAUGGCGGGUAUUAUCGGUAUCUACGGUCUGGUCGUGUCGGUCUUGGUCGCCAACGACCUGACCCAGAAGCUUCCCCUGUAUACUGGUUUCAUUCAGCUGGGCGCUGGUCUGUCUGUCGGUCUGGCUGGUCUUGCUGCUGGAUUUGCUAUUGGUAUUGUCGGUGACGCUGGUGUCCGUGGAACUGCUCAGCAACCUCGCCUCUACGUCGGAAUGAUUUUGAUUCUCAUUUUCGCUGAAGUCCUGGGUCUUUACGGUCUGAUUGUCGCCCUUCUCAUGAACUCCCGCUCGAAAGCCGUUUGCUAA